GGAGCGUGCUCGGCGGGUGACGGAGGAGAGAAAAAGCCGAGGCAGCAGCGGAUACACGGACGUCUUCACUGUGUGUCAAAGCGGCGGUUUUCCAAAUGGCAACGACAGCGGACGACCAGCGGGAACCGGCGGACGUCGCUGCGCUGCCGACACACCACGGCUGCCGCCACCACAACAAUAAUAGCAACAACAACAACAACAAUAACAACAACAACAAAGACAGCGAGGCGGGAGAGAGCGCGACCUCCGCUACCGCCAGCCCGACCGAGCCCGGCGGGACGGCGCCGCAGAGCAUCGGUAACGGCUCGGUCAUCAACCCCAGCGGGGGGAGUAACGGAAAGUGGGUCCGGCUGAACGUCGGCGGCACCGUGUUCCUCACGACGCGACAGACGCUCCUAAAAGAGCAAACUUCAUUCCUGUACCGGCUGUGCCAGCAGCAGGACCUGCACUCUGACACGGAUGAGACGGGAGCGUAUGUGAUCGACAGAGAUCCCACCUACUUCGGUCCCAUCCUCAACUACUUGCGGCACGGAAAGCUGGUCUACAACAAGGAGCUGGCUGAAGAAGGUGUCCUGGAGGAGGCUGAGUUUUACAACAUCACCCCACUGAUCAAACUGAUCAAGGAGAGGAUCGUGGAGAGGGACUCCAAGGCCACACAGGUGCCCCCCAAGCACGUCUACCGAGUGUUGCAGUGCCAGGAAGAGGAGCUGACCCAGAUGGUCUCCACAAUGUCGGACGGCUGGAAGUUUGAGCAGGUCAGCGUGCGCACCUGCAGAAAGCCCCGCACCGGACUGCUCUGGACUAUGGUGAACAUCGGCUCGUCGUACAGCUACGGUACGGAGGACCAGGCUGAGUUUCUGUGUGUUGUCUCCAAGGAGCUUCACACUCCAGGAUCUGGACUGGGUACGGAACAGAGCCACAAAACUAAGCCGGCGGAGACGCAGGAGGAGGAAGCAGCGAAGGAUGAGGAGGAGGAGGAGGAGGAGGGAGGGAGAGAUACCGCACCGAAUGAGUGGCUUAGAGAAUGAGGGAGUCAUGUUUCUUUGUUCCAAAGAGAGGCGGGAAUGGCUUUUCCAGAUCCAUGGGUCCCGGAUGUAGAAAUCGCAAGAAUCUAAGUUAUUUUUUUCUAGGCUUAUUAUGACAUCCUGUACAUGGUGUAUGUGUGUGUUUUGCAUCAAAUGGACAGUCACCAAAACAGAUUUGUAGUGUUUUUAUUGGUUCAUUGACAAAAUGCUGGUUAUAAAGAUGACCAAAAAACACACAAAAAAACAAAAUCCUACAGUCAGUCGGAGCAAUGUCUUCAAACAUAUUUCACA